UCCUAAAAUUUGUAUAUUUUGAUUUCUUCUGAAAAUCUUUGAAAAAUCUUCUAAAUUUUUAUCAUUUGUUUUCUUCUGUAAAUCUUUCUGUUUUUGUUUCUCAUACCUUCAAUGGAAUCCGUUCAUGGUCUCAAACAGUCCACUAAAAAUCAACGAAUUCUUGUUUCUCCUGGUUCUGAUUCGUCUUGGGAAGGUUACGACGAAGUUAGAUCCAAACAUCGUAACGAUCCAACAGUGAUGAAUAAGCUACGUGAGAAAUUGAAGUCGAAAGCUACAGUUAAACAUGCACCCAAAGAAAUAGACAACAAGAUUGAAGGGGUUACAACACGCCCUAAUCUCCCAAAGGGAAUGAAAUACGUCAUCAAGAAGAUCCCAUCCCACCCAUUGAGAUUCGGAACGGCAUAUAGGGCUAAUUUUCUUGAUGAUUUUGAAUCAUCAAUAGGUGGAGAUAUUGUUGUCAGAACGCCAUGGAUGGUUAUGUUAGCGAUAACGACGAUCCAAAAAAAACUAGGAGAGACAUAUCUCCAAACCAAGGAGAACUGA